GCCCGUACCCUUGGCAAACGAGACAAACCCUCGCCCAAGCUAGAGGGACCUCGUGUGCUUUUAGGCCUGAGCGACGUCAUCAACAAAUCUUUGAUUCUCUCUGCUACCUUCAUAGCAGACGUAUUGUUGCAGCGAUGGCAACGGCAAGGCUUCGCAGAGCUUUUCGCUACCCUGAUGAUUCAGGUGAUGACGAGCACAGUCGGGAGGAGCUAGACGAAGAAGAGCAGGAACGUGUGAUAGAGCAACUGAAGGCACUAAAUGAGAAACGGAACUCUGAAUAUAGUGUCGUUUUUGCCGCCAUCCCGCUAUUUUCCAGCUUCGCUUUCAUUGCUUCAAUACUGUCGGGCUCCUCGAGCCUAUCUGAACGAUUUCUCUCUUUGCUCGGUGCCCUAUCUCUACUAGUCACGGCCUAUAUCAUGAAGUAUCUUCCGCUUGAACGCCCGGAUCCUAAGGGCAAGAGACCAAUGAUCACACCGCAUGCUAUGGCUAGCAUCCGACGAUACAUCUUGCCUGUCAAUGCUGCGAUCUGCGUGCUUCUGGCCCUGGUCUACGCUUCGCAACCCACAACGCAAUCCUGGCUGGAGAUCCAGCCGGUUACCUACUUGGUUCCAGGAGCAAUGUUUGCAGCUGUAUUAGUCGCACGCAAGGUCAUGCUCUCAGUUGACCUCAAAGCGCUUGAGAACCUCCGCUAUGAGUACAAAGGAGCAUAGGGCACGCUGCAAUAAUAAAGUCUUCCUUGGUCAAGCACGGCUUUAUGGGAAACCACUUGACAGGACACGGGCGACAGUUACAUGCUCAUGAGUUCGCUAUUUCAACGAGCAUGUUAGUGGGUCUACAAAUCAUAAUGAUGAGGCUAAUGCAAGAU